GCGCUCCGCCGGCUCCGCGCCCCUCCGCGGGGCCAUGCAGCGCCUCUGCCCGCCCGGUCCGAGCGCAGCCCCUCGCCCCGCCGCCCUCCGCGCAGCCUGAGCGCCUGGCGGGGGCUCCACGCCGCUCCGCGCCCGGAGGUGGGACGGGGCCGGCAGAGGCGGCACAGGAAGGCUCCGCGGCUGUGCGCGACUCCCCCGCUGCCCCGGCCAUGGGGAAGGGGCUGGAGGGGACAGCGGCCCGCUGCGGGCUGGGACUGGGAUACCUGCUGCAGACGGUGGUGCUCCCUGCCCUGGCCGUCCUGGGGGCCAGCCGCCCCGGCUCCGCGGCGCAAGAUGACGACUUUUUUCAUGAGCUUCCAGAAACUUUUCCAUCUGAUCCUCCAGAACCAUUGCCCCACUUCCUCAUCGAACCCGAAGAGGCUUACAUUGUGAAGAACAAGCCCGUGAAUCUGUACUGCAAAGCAAGCCCAGCCACACAGAUCUAUUUUAAGUGCAACAGCGAGUGGGUUCAUCAGAAGGACCAUGUGGUGGACGAGAGAGUAGAUGAAACCUCCGGUCUGAUUGUCCGGGAGGUCAGCAUCGAGAUUUCCCGCCAGCAAGUGGAGGAGCUCUUCGGGCCGGAGGAUUACUGGUGCCAGUGUGUUGCCUGGAGCUCCGCAGGCACCACCAAGAGCCGGAAAGCCUACGUCCGCAUUGCAUAUCUCCGGAAAACUUUUGAGCAGGAGCCCUUGGGGAAAGAAGUGUCCCUGGAGCAAGAGGUCCUGCUCCAAUGCCGUCCCCCUGAAGGCAUCCCAGUAGCAGAGGUGGAGUGGCUGAAGAAUGAAGAGGUGAUUGAUCCCGUGGAAGACCGAAAUUUUUACAUCACUAUUGAUCACAACCUGAUCAUCAAGCAAGCCCGGCUUUCUGACACAGCCAAUUACACCUGCGUUGCAAAAAACAUUGUGGCCAAGAGGAAAAGCACCACAGCAACUGUGAUAGUCUAUGUGAACGGAGGCUGGUCCACCUGGACCGAGUGGUCCGUGUGCAACAGCCGCUGCGGGAGAGGCUUCCAGAAGCGCACGAGGACCUGCACCAACCCUGCCCCGCUCAACGGCGGCGCCUUCUGCGAGGGCCAGAGCGUCCAGAAAAUAGCCUGCACCACUCUGUGUCCAGUGGAUGGCAAGUGGACAUCCUGGAGCAAGUGGUCCACCUGUGGCACGGAGUGCACCCACUGGCGCCGGAGAGAGUGCACGGCCCCAGCACCCAAGAAUGGGGGGAAGGACUGCGAGGGGCUGGUGCUGCAGUCCAAGAACUGCACGGAUGGGCUCUGCAUGCAGGGUUUCAUUUAUCCUAUUUCAACUGAACAGAGAACCCAGAAUGAAUAUGGAUUUUCUUCUGCUCCUGACUCGGAUGAUGUUGCUCUCUAUGUCGGGAUUGUCAUCGCCGUGAUCGUGUGCCUGGCUAUUUCUGUGGUCGUGGCCCUGUUUGUCUAUCGCAAGAACCACCGUGACUUUGAGUCGGAUAUUAUUGACUCCUCGGCACUAAACGGGGGAUUCCAGCCUGUCAACAUCAAGGCUGCCAGGCAAGACCUCCUGGCAGUGCCGCCAGACCUCACUUCUGCUGCAGCCAUGUACAGGGGUCCUGUGUACGCCCUGCACGAUGUCUCUGAUAAAAUCCCAAUGACCAACUCUCCAAUCUUGGACCCACUCCCCAACUUGAAGAUCAAGGUUUAUAACACCUCCGGUGCAGUCACUCCCCAGGAUGACCUCUCUGACUUCUCCUCCAAGCUGUCCCCACAGAUUACGCAGUCUCUGCUGGAGAGUGAGACCCUGAACAUGAAGAACCAGAGCCUUGCUCGGCAAACUGACCCAUCAUGCACCGCAUUUGGGACCUUCAACUCCUUAGGAGGCCACCUAGUAAUUCCCAAUUCAGGAGUAAGCUUGCUGAUCCCAGCAGGAGCAGUUCCACAAGGAAGAGUCUAUGAAAUGUAUCUGACAGUUCACAGGAAGGAGAACAUGAGGCCUCCUGUAGAAGACAGCCAAACCCUGCUGACACCAGUGGUGAGCUGUGGCCCACCAGGAGCCCUGCUGACCCGGCCCGUCAUUUUAACCAUGCACCACUGCGCAGAGCCAAACACAGAGGACUGGCAGAUCCAGCUGAAGCACCAGGCUGCCCAGGGACCAUGGGAGGAUGUGGUGGUGGUCGGAGAGGAAAACUUCACCACCCCAUGCUAUAUCCAGCUGGACCCAGAGGCCUGCCAUAUCCUGACAGAAACCCUCAGCACCUAUGCCUUGGUGGGACAGUCAAUCACCAAGGCAGCAGCCAAACGUCUCAAACUGGCCAUCUUUGGACCGCUGUCCUGCUCUUCGCUGGAGUACAGCAUCCGGGUCUACUGCCUCGAUGACACGCAGGAUGCUCUUAAGGAGGUCCUCCAACUUGAGCAGCAGAUGGGCGGGCAGCUUUUGGAGGAGCCCAAAGCUUUGCAUUUUAAGGGAAGCACCCACAACCUCCGUCUCUCCAUUCAUGAUAUUGCCCAUUCUCUCUGGAAGAGCAAACUGCUGGCUAAAUACCAGGAGAUUCCCUUUUACCACAUCUGGAGUGGAUGUCAGAGGAACCUGCACUGCACCUUCACACUGGAAAGGUUCAGUCUGAAUACCCAGGAGCUGGUGUGCAAGCUCUGUGUGCGGCAGGUCGAAGGAGAAGGACAGAUCUUCCAGCUCAACUGUUCUGUCUCAGAGGAACCUACUGGCAUCGAUUAUCCUCCCAUGGACACAGCAGGCACCAUCACCACCAUCGUAGGGCCCAGUGCCUUCAGCAUCCCGCUCCCGAUAAGGCAGAAGCUGUGCAGCAGCCUGGAUGCUCCCCAGACCAGGGGCCAUGACUGGCGGAUGCUGGCCCACAAGCUGAAACUGGACAGGUACUUAAAUUAUUUUGCUACAAAAUCAAGCCCCACUGGGGUGAUCCUGGAUCUCUGGGAAGCCCAGAAUUUCCCUGAUGGCAACCUGAGCAUGCUGGCAGCAGUUCUUGAAGAAAUGGGAAGACACGAAACGGUUGUUUCUUUGGCAGCAGAAGGAAAUUACUAAUGCAGCCUUGGCAUGACCAGGAAGGACAGACGCAGGGAGCGGUAAUGCCCUGUUAUUGCAAACAAGAAUUGAAAUGAAAACCCAGACCAGUGAGUUACACAAGAGACAUUUCAGAGAAGAAAGCAAGCAAACAAGAAAAACCAGCCCUGACCUUCACACGUGCUCUCCUUGUACAUUAUCACAGGAUCAGAAAGAGAUCAUGCAAAGUUGUACCUUGGAAAUAUAAAUCAACCUAAUGUUCCUCUCGGCUUGGCUGUACACUGCUUGGUACAGGUUUUUACAGUUUCCUAGGAAACGCUUUUUAUUGCUAUCCAGAUAUAUGGAUAAACUUUCUUAACAAUCCCAGUUUCUAUGGAUGUUGUUUACAUCAAAUUCUGGACAGGGGUAAGGAGGCUGUCCAUGGCUCUUUAUAUUUUUUGUUUAAAGCCAUUCUAGACAAGGCUAUGGACAGCUGGUUGUGGCUAUUUCAGCUUAUUGGUUUCUGGUGAAUUCAGAUUUUGGAUACAAUUCGCACAUUGGUUGUCUUGCAAUGAUCCUCCUGUCAUUGUUCUGUUUCCUAGACCUACCUGUAAAAAAAAAAACAAAAAACAAAAAACAAACCAAGAAAAUCAGGGUGUGCAUCUGGAAAGCAGGUACUCUGGCUGAUAAGCAGGAACACACAAAACGUUCCCUUCCUUCCCCAAGACAGUCCCACUGAGCCUGUGUGGAGAAUAGCUCUAAGACAGUGGGGAAUGAAGGAUCUGAGUUAAUUUUCAAUUCACACCCUUUCCACCCCUUUGCUAUAUGAGGGGCCAGAUAUGCAAUUUGGAGUGGUUGGAGGGGAGAGGGAGAAACCCAGAAAAAAAUAAAAAAGAGAAGUUGCUAUGAUAGUUAUUUACUGAUUAGUAUCUAGGGCAAGGAUUAUAAUGACUAUUAUUAUUACCAUUAUUACUUUAUUUCUGAUUUUGUCAGCAGCAGAAUGAAUAACUUCUGGUUUUAUGGAACCUGUUGUCCCCUCCCUGAAGGUCUUUUAAGACGUUUCCCUCUCUAUGCCGUCUGUCCUUCCCUUUGUCAUUGUACUCCUCCUCCAAAAGUCCUCUGCCAGCCCCCACAGGCUGCUCACUUUGUGUUAGCAUUGCUGUGCUCCACGCCCAGAGCCAAGGCAGCAUGAACUGAGGACACUCUGCUGAUCUUCACCCACCAAGUGUCGGACCCUGGCAUGUUUUGCACCACCCUGGUGCCCCAGGUUGCUCCAAGAAGCAGCCCUGUCCAGAGGUGGCUGUGAACCAGAGAUGGCCUCCCAGUGCGAAUACACAAAGACCACUGGUUUCUGACCACAGGUGCAAGCAUGUGGAGGCACAGACAUCCACCAUCUGAUUUGUGCAUCCAAGGUGGGCUUCCAUAGUUCUUGUUUUGUUUUGUAGCAUUCUAAGAGCCAGCAGCUCCUGCUAGUUCCCCACAGAGCUGCAGGUCUCACUGAAACCCACCACCUCCCGUAAUGUUUGCAGUCCUCGAUGGCUGGCGAGGGAACACUUGUCCCUCUACAGCCAUGGCCCUCUUGGCCACCAGAAAACAGGUGAAGUGGAAACUUUGCAAAAGGAGCAAACCAGAAGUGGUUGUCCCUGCAAAUGUAUUUUGUUCUGCUCAGUGAAAAUUCUCUUUGCUACAUGACAGCGCAUAGGAUUGCAGUAGUUUUACUGCCAGACUGAGCUGUCCUCUACGUCUGGCACAGAAAUGCCUUCUGCCCCAACCCAUCCACUCCAGGUUUCCAGCCAGGCCCUGGUUAUUGCUGUUGUGCACACAUGCAUGCCCCUGCCCACGUGUGCAUUACCAUGCCAUACGCUUCCCGAGACUGGAGUUAGCUUGUUCUCUUCUGUGGUUUUGAUUUUGCUCUCCCCAAGGCUCUCCAGAUCGCGCCUUUGAAGGUAAUUUUGAAAAUGUCAUUGGUCAAAAUGAAAAGAAAAUUUCAUCUGGCCUCUUUUUCAAUUUGACAUUUCCAUAGGCUUGGCACUUUUUGCUUAUAACUUCUCAGGUCCCUGACCAGGUUUAGAUUGACCGCCAGGUAGCGAGCACAAAAAGUUCCCUUCCUUUUAAGAGGUAACCGGGCAGCUUGCAAACCAGCAUUUCAGUAAAAACUGGAGACCAGAACACAUGCAUUGUAACUUUCAACAUCUGUGUGCAUUUUGCUUGUAUAAGCCCCGCCUUCUCUUAAUAUGGAGAUUCCAUGGGCAUCCUUUCAACAACCAUCUUCUUUUUCGCCUUUGGCAUCAGAUGCAGCCUACUGCAAUGCUAAUGGAAAUUUUGCUUUCAGCAUCAGGAGGAUCGGACUGGGGCUCCCUUCUCCACAUCUUUUACUCAGAGCACUAAAAUGGCUCUUAAGGAUAGGUCUCAGCUUUUCUCCCUCCUGUGCCACCUUUAGGUGCAACCAGUUGUGUUUAGUUUGUGCUUCUUCACCUUUCUCACAUGUCCCUCCUGCGUGACUCUCCUUCCAAGGCGGCUGCAGGAGUUGAACUGCCCUUUGUCCCUUUGGCCUUUUUGGCUCAGUCUUUGUUGGCUGAUCCCCAGGCUCACUGGUGCUCCCCAGCUCUCAGCUUUUUCCAGGUGGCCAGCACGUGCACCCUUCUCACCAGGAUCAGGCCUCAGUGUCUCACAGUUAUCAGUAUUGCUGUGAGCUGAUGUUCCUUUGGCCAGCUCUCUGACCUGUGUUCUGAUGCCUUCUGCAAGAGGCAGGUGAACAACUUUCUCGCAGUGUUCUGGGGCAUUUUCCUUUCCCAGCAUCACAGUGAAGGGGAUUUAUUGAGAGGAAAAAUGCACUCUCUGAUUAAGAGGAGCAUCCACAGAGGUGGCUGGAGGUCAAGAACAUAACCCUUCAUCACUGAACAUGACUAGGGCAGCAGCAUGACUGCUACUGGGUGGUGAAGCUACUCUUCUUCCACCCUGACUGCUCAGAAACCACCUGCAAUCCCCUGCUGCAAUCACAGGCUGGAUGGUUUCCCCAGCAUCUGCUCCAAAGGCCUUUACAGGGUCCCAGCAUGGCCCCUGGGGCUGCCUCAGCCCUGACAGGGCAGUAAGAAGCACGGGAAGGUUCCUCCUCAGAGCCACAGCUCAUCCCAGCAGCUCUGCACCCGUUCUUUGCCACUGCUGCUAGCAGCAGCUCCCACCUCACCUCACACUUCCCUGCAUUAAUUGUGCUCAGUUUUUUCUUUUUUUUCUAGGGGGAAUGGCAGUGGCAGGGCAUGCACUGUGGGAGAGGGCUCUGGCUGGUGGUGUUCACCACUCAGCAUCCCCAUCCUGCUGGCCCCAGGAGAGCAGGCAGGAAGCAAGGGCAGCCAGAUCAGCUCAGGAUAUUAUUUUUGGUGGGAGAAAACCCAGCAGCAGUUCCUCCGCCUGGAUUGCAUGGACAUAGUGCCAUCUCGUGGGGCUGAGCCCCCACUCCACUCGCUGCUGCCACAGCAACGUCGCACGGGAAAAGGCUUCCUGUGGGGUGGCUCUGACUAAGACUGGCAGAACUGACUCUUUAAAAGUGGUUGUAAGAUUUUAUGUCAGGUAAGCACAUCUGCUUUAAAAGAAAAAAAAAAAAGGCUGCAGGCUUCCUACCCUCCAGUUAUUACUAUUUUUUAAAAUGCUUUUCCUUUUAGUUGUUCACCUUUGGCUUUGUACUGGAGCAGCUUAGCUGCUCUUCACACCAUCUCUUCAUUACAUGUUGAUUGCUAGCGCUAUAAAUAGUAUAUAUAUUAUAUAAAUAUAUAUAAAAUAUCUACUGACUUCAAGGAAAACCUUUCAUUUCCAAGUAAGAAACAUUUAUCAGAGGCAGUCCUUUUCACCUUAUUUUUUUUUUUCUUCUUCUUUGUGUUGUGUUCUUGUAAAGGUGACUGUCAGUGUAUAGGGUAAGUUUGGGGUUCGGUUGGGGUUUUUCUUUUUUUCAAAAUUUAUGAUCACAGCUGAUCCACUGUGUCUUGUUAAACAGUGCAAGACCUAAGUGCUGUUUUAGUGGAUCUUGAAAAUUUUGCAGCAGUGAAGUCUCUCCAGUCAAGAUUUGCUUUAUUGGGAGACCAAGACUUUUUUCCGUCUCGCUGGCAGAAAUGCAGACACUCAUGAGACAUGUUGGAGUCUGCAAUACCCACAGAGCAAAACAUGUCCAUUCCUUGGGUUUCCUGCUAUUUCUGUUGCUUACAUAUAGAAUAAAUGUAUCUACAUGCUGUAAGCCUGUCA